UAAUUUAACGUCAUUUCCUUGAAUUUGGUAAACUCAAGCGUUAGAAUGUAAUUUUACGAAACAUGAAACACGCUUUCACUGCGAGGAAGAGAGGUAACGCCAAUUGUCGACAUAGACGCUGUAGCGUUACAGGCUAACUCAGUAGCUUAGCUGUGAGCUACAUUGUUGCUAACUAGCGAAGCUAUGCAUGAGAAGUGAAAUAAGGGGAGAGUUGACAACCAGCCGACGUUCAAGCUUCAGACAACGAUGGUUACUGUAAUGUCGACUUUGCUAUCAAGACGGAACACGUUCGGAAGUGCUGUAACGUUUACAGUGUGAGUGUGCAGUCCUCCUUGCCAAGGAAGGAGAGGCACCAGGGACCAUGAGUGAGAAUGGCCCUCGUUCAGAGGCCACUAUGUAUUUCGAGGUGGAGGUGGAUUCUCUAACGCGGGAUGACGAUGAAGAGGAAGACAAGAUCCACUAUGACAAAGACGAUGACCUGAUUCCCGAGCCUUCAUCGUCUUCCGGGCGUGUUUAUGACCGCACAACAGUGCUCAUUGAGCGGGACCCCAUACGCCUGGAUGAGGAGGGUGAAGAGGAGGGUCACUGUGGAGGGGAUGAAGAUGGGGUCACCUUCCUCACCGAAGGGGAAGGUGAUGGAGAUGAGGAGGAGGGCUCUCUGGCAUUUAUGCAUGACCCUGAUGGAAUGUCACAGGGUUAUGUGCAUCACACCAUUUCCCCGGACCAGAUCCAGUUCACAAUAAAUCCAGGCUCCACCCCCAUGCCCCGUAACAUAGAGGGGGCGACCCUUACCCUGCACUCUGAGUGCCCUGAGACCAAGCAGAGAGAGGUGAAGCGCUAUCAGUGCAUGUUCGAGGGCUGCACGAGGACUUACAGCACGGCGGGAAACCUGCGGACACACCAGAAGACUCACCGGGGAGAGUAUACGUUUGUGUGCAAUCAACAAGGCUGUGGAAAAGCCUUCCUCACAUCAUACAGCCUCAAGAUCCAUGUCCGCGUUCACACCAAGGAGAAGCCAUUUGAGUGUGACGUUCAAGGCUGUGAGAAGGCCUUCAACACGUUAUACAGGCUGAAAGCACACCAGAGACUUCACACAGGCAAGACGUUCAACUGUGAAUCAGAGGGCUGCACAAAGUACUUUACCACACUCAGCGACCUGAGGAAGCACAUUCGCACACACACGGGGGAGAAGCCAUUCCGGUGUGACCACGACGGUUGUGGUAAAGCGUUUGCUGCAAGUCAUCACCUUAAAACACAUGUACGGACACACACAGGGGAGAAGCCAUUCAAUUGUCCGAGUGACGGCUGCGAGAAGACUUUCAGCAGCCAGUACAGUCUGAAGAGUCACAUCCGGGGCCACGACAAAGGACAGACCUUCAGCGUCACUCUCACCCAUCCGCUCUCUGAAGAUGCAAAUCACUCGCUGUGCCUCAGUGACUUGAGUCUCAUUUCUACGGACUCAGAGCUUCGAGAAAACAUCAAUAACGCUCAAAAUCUGGACUUCAACACUCCUGUGAAAAUCUUUGAGCUCAUGUUCCAGAGUCCUGAGAACAGCGUCAGCCAAGAUGAUGCCCAUACACAUGAGGGCCUUUGUGAACACUUCAGCCUUGAAACUUCUACCCAUCCUGGAGUGACUGAUGCCUCAUCCAUCAUCUCUUUCACUUUUAGUCCUACAUCCUCAACUCACUGUUCCAACACAACUGCAGUCAAGGAGGCUCCUUCCCAGCUCAGUCAGAGCUCUCCUCCUGAGGCCUCCUCCCCUGCUUCAGUCACAGCCACUGUCAGCUCCAAACAGCCUUCACCUUUCAUGACACUAACCGGGCCUCAGCAGAUCUCUGAUAUGCCGGCUCAGGCUUCUGUCCAAGCAUCAAAACAUGCCACCCCCCAGCAAUUUGUUGCACUUCAACCCACAUUCCUGCAGCCAAACAGUGCCACCCAGACCACUCCUCUACCACAAUCCAUCCCUGCUCCUCCUCCAGUGACUCCAGCACUGACCACCACAGCACCAGGAGCUGCUCCAGGGCCUGUUGUUGCUGCUGCUGCAACAGAUCCUCUGGCAGUUGUGGCUCAACCCGUGCCUUUGGCCAACAACCCUGUCCCCAACUCUGGCCCUUGUUUGCCAUCUACCCCUGCCACCAUCACCAUCGCUCCCACCCAGAACCUGCCCGGCCUGGUUAUGUCUGACCAGAACCUGCAGUGGAUUCUCAGCAGUGCUGCCAGCAGCCAGCAGAACCCAGAGCAAGCAGCCCAUCAAGGAGCUCCGAAAGUGGAAAAGGUUUUCUUCACUACAGCCAUACCAGUGGGAGGAAACGUUGGAAACUCGGUCCAACAGAUCGGCCUCAGCCUGCCUGUCAUCAUCAUCAAACAGGAGGAAUCCUGUCAGUGCCAGUGUGCCUGCAGGGACUCUGCUAAGGACAACAGUUCAAAGAGUGCCUCCUCCAUAGUUUCAGCCACAGCACAGCCUCCGUCACAACCCCCUCCUCCCCCACCAUCAGAGCCCACAGAGCCUCCACAACAUCCCUCCACCUCCUCUUCCUGCCUCCCGGAGUCUUCCUCCAAGGUGGUUGAGGUGAGGCUGGACCCCCCUUCUUCAUCUCCUUCUCCUUCAUCCUCCUCAGCUCAGACUCUCUCCACAAUAGUAAGCAGCACUGCUGCCAACCCUCCCUCGUCUGACGGGUUAUCCAAUAUGGAUGUCUCGGACUUCCUCUCGCUGCAGAGCCCUGACACGGCUGCCAACAUCGAGGCUCUGCUGCUGGUCGCUGAGGACUUCAGCAUGGCCACUGACGGCAAUCCUUAGAAGAGACGCCUUCUGAGUCUGGUACCAUGUGUUUGUCUGUUGUAACCAUGCAACCACAGGCAUUAAAUCCACCCACACGUCCAGUCCUUCUCCACAGUGACACCUCUUCUUUCUCCCUAUAUGGUGUGUGCGUUAAAGCCCUUAUACCUGCAGUGCAUUCUGUUCUGUAUCACCUUGUGCAAAAUAGAUGCACAAACAUGAAUAACUUUUCUGUUUAGUCUCAUUGCAGUGGUUGAGUUUUUAAAAACAGGAUUAGUUUGCUCAUUGAGAUUUAGCAAAGUUGAUGCUAUUUAAAGCAAGGAAAAGGCAGUAGAUCCUUUGUUAGAAACAAAAUCAAUCUGUAUAUAUUAACCCAGGAUAUCCACUCUGAAUUUAUCAACAGAAACGAAGGAGUGUUGACCAAGCACUGAUCACUGAAGAGUUCCAUUUUCCUGGCUUGAAGGUCGAACACACCUGAGCAGGAAAACACAAGUGUGUCUAUAUAUCCUUGUACUGUACUACAGGUCCUAACAAAUGCUCAAAGCUGGUAUGCAGAUGACCAGAUUGCACUGUAUAUGAGAGGAAUUUGCUAUGAUCUUAACAAGAAUCUCUCCCAGUAGGAAAUUGAAGAGGAUAGCCUCAUGGCCCCUCAUGACGAUCAUACAGUAUGAAGUGAUUUCCUCCUUAUUUUUAUUUCCUAGGAAGUAGUUGGUCCAGAAAAUGUGAUGACUCUUUUAUACUUUGACAGUUAUUUACUAAUUAAGAGAAUAACCUGUGACCAGAUCUGCCUGUCUUUUAAAGUGAAAUUAAGUUGAGACAUCAUUAAGUUGCCUAUAACUUAAACUAAUUUAAAAUUGUACAUUGUUAAUUUAUUUAAUGCUUGAUUCUUUCAUUUAUACUGGUAAUAUUAUCGUCAAGGUAACAGAGAAAUCUAUGAUUAAUUUAUUCCAAUCACUUGUAUUUUUUAGUUGCGUGUUUUAUGUUACUGAAUUUGCUCUCAUUUUGUAAGAACGGAAAAGCAAGUUUGAGAAAAAAGGCACCUUUAGUCGACUGCACAGUGAAGAAAUUUAUCCUUUAGGAUCUGCUUGUUUGUAUUAAUCGCCCGCAACAAAACGGCGAGGAACUACUGUCAUCAUCCCAUGUUUUAAAGGGUUUUGACCCCUCUCAGGGAUGCAUCGAGUCAUAACUGUUCCUGAUUCCUUUAAUUUGUUACUCAGACAGAAGGUUUCCUUACUUGAUGCCCCACACUGGCAGUAGCCCUACGUUUUGCUGCACUCUUCCCCAUUUAUUGCACACAAACUUGAGUAAUCCGACAGCAUAUUAGCUGAGGUGCGGCACCACUACAGACUAUUGUAUACAACUGCUGUAAAGUAGCAUUUAAAGAUGGUGUCCUGGCGACAGUGUAAAUACAUUUUUGUGUAAAGAAAUGUGUAGAUUAUUCUAGAAUUUGUAUUUUUGUAUAGACUUUUGAAUUACUAACUCUCAGAGUUUGGAGCUAAUGUAUCCUUGCAUUCUUCCCCCGGUCACAUGUAUGCAGAUGAGUUUUUGCUGUGUUUAGUGGAAUAGUUCUUCUAGCAGCUGGGCUUUUGUACAGUCUAUUGUUACGAAAUAUGUAACACAUAGCCUCCCUCUCAGAGUAUAAUUUAGCAGUAUUGUUUUCACAAGGGACACAAUGCAAUGAUGAUAGAGUGAAGGCGCCAUGCCCUGUAUGCUAGAGUGUAGAGCGACUUGGCCUUACAACACAACUUUUUCUGUGAGCCUCCUUGCCUUGACAGUCUCUGCUUCAGACUUGCCAUUGACAUGAUAACAUGCUCAUCUUCAUCCAGUUGCAUGCAAUCACUUCAGCAGAUUACUUAAGGAAAAACUAACAGAGACCGAAAAGCUUAUGGUUAAACUUGUCUCUUGUUUUUUUCUGCUUGGAUAUGGAUAUGCAGCUAUGCUACAGAUAUAAUCAACCACAUAACAGAUGCAGGUGAUGUGAUCAAAACCAAACAACUCAUGUCUCGCUUUUUUUUUUUUGUACUUGUUCUUCAUGCCAUUAUUUCAGGGGGGCAUUCCCUUGGUUCAUGGGUGCCAAGAUGGCAGAUAGCUAUGUUGUGAAAGGCUCGGGUCAUGCAUUUUGUGCUCUAGAUCAUUCCACUUAUGCGGUAUAGGAAGCUACCAACAAUCACCUUGGUAAGGCAUUCGGUUAAACUACUGCCACGAGUCAAGCUCAUUCAUGUAUAACAUCAAACAUGCAUACUGUCACUGAACACAACUAUGCAAUUUUAAGUGUGGCAUUCAUGUGUAUAAAUACUGACUUCAGGACACACAGAUUAUUUAUUUUCCCCUCCCUCCCUCCCCUCCCCUCCAUUUAACUGUAUUCUGCUAAAAAUGUGUGCAGAACUCCAGAAGCAAAUGUGGCUUUUUCCGAUGCAUUUACGUUAAUCAAGUUUUCUUACAUUUCACAAUCCGAUGUCUGGACCGAUGUUAUUUGAAAGUUGUAUCGUAGUAACCCCUUUCAUGUGCUGUUUAAAACAGACUGGAUGUGUUUGAAGGAGUACUUAGUGAAUGAAUGAUUCUGUUUUAAGAAUUAUUUUGGUCAAAUGUGUGCAGCUUUCCUUUUUUUUUUUUUCUUUCUGUUAUGCUUUGUACAUCACCAUGUUUCAUUGGGGUUCACUCCACUUAUGUAAUGAUCUCAGCCUUUCACAUAUUCUAAUUAGUCAUGUGGGUAAUUUGUUGGCUCAUCUUCACCAAUGAAAGUCAAACUUGCAGACGCUGAUAUUUUUUAUUUGAGUUAACAGGCAGAGAAAUGGUUUUUGGACCCGUGUCCCAGCUUUGUGUUUCUUAACUUGACCUGGAAAGGUAGUCAGUGAAACACUGACGGUGACAUUUGUUUGGAAGCACAUUGAACAAAAACGUACAGCUGGAAUUAUUUUUUUGGGGGGGGCAAUGGAGAUUCAGAGUUUUUGCCAACAUUUUUCCAAAUGGGCAAUAUUGAAAAUGUGGAGAAGAAAUGGGGGGACUAUAUGCUUCCAAAGGAAUGUCUUUACACCCAAAGAGUGAGGAAUUGUAAAGGAUUUGUAUUUUUUAAAAGAAUGUAUAAUGUGAAAAUGUUUGCUUAUGCUUGUUUCAUAUAAAGUAUUAUGAGAAAUAACUUUCUGAAUUGAGAGCAAUAUAAUACUAAUAAAACCUUAUCCUUGUCACUGAAA